GAUCCAACUCGCUUCUUCAAUGGCGUCCAAAACAGUGGCUGCUAAAGAUAUCAUCACUUUACACGGAUCUGCUGCCAUCGUCAGCGAAUUCUUCUGUUACGCAGCGAACAUUAUUUUUUAUAAUCGUGCAGUUUAUCCAGAGGAAAGUUUUGUGAAAGUGAAGAAAUAUGGACUUCCGAUGUUGCUUAUUGAAGAUGAAUCCGUCAAAUCUUUCAUGUCUAAUCUCACUUCUCAGAUCUCCGAAUGGCUUGAAGCUGGGAAGUUGCAGAGAGUAGUGUUAGUGAUAAUGAGCAAAGCUACAGGUGAAGUUUUGGAGAGGUGGAAUUUUCGGAUUGAGACUGAUAAUGAAGUUGUUGAGAAAGGGGUCUGACACCCAGUUUGAAAAUUUUGUCUCUUUCUUAUUGGUAAUGUUGCAAUUGAAUGUUGAGUAAUGUUCGACUAAUGGAAUGUGGAUUUGUUGAGUGAUAAUGUUUAUUUUUUUAUUAUGAUUCGAGAGUUACCAACUCAUUGUUCCAAAUGCUUUUUGCUUGUCAUUAUUGCAAUCUUGAUGCAAAUCUGAUUCCAGUUUAUGGUUUUAGCUUAAAUUUGAAGCUUUUUUUCAUUUUAGUUAUGUGAAAAUGUUGCUGUGAUUUGUUUGAUGGUUUCAAUAUGCCUACCACUUGGUUCUAUUUUGUUUGAGAAAGGGAAAUUAGUGUGUCGAAACACUCAGAGACAAAGCAACCAGAAGAAGCAAAAUCAAAUAAAGGUAAUACCGUAAU